CAAUCUUUGGAGUUUAAUAAAUGUUGGGUUUUAUAGAGCAAGGUCAGAAUAUAAUGAUUAGGCUACACCUUAUGAAAGGUAUGUGCAGGCCUACGCAAUGAUUUUUUGAUGUAGGCUAUAGGCUAACUGGCCACUGGUAAAAAGAUCAACGCCAGACACUGACACGUUUUUAUAAACAAAAGAUGUUACGGCCCUUCAUCAGAUUUUCUGAUCUGUAGGCUAACUGAUGAAGGCAUUAUAAGCCGAAAGAGUGUGCACUACUUUACCAUAGACCUACAUCUUUAGCAUUCAAAUGAUAUAGGCAUGUUUAAAGUUUAAAUUAAACGUUUUAAAAGUAGGUCUAGUCUUGGCUGCAAGUAAAGCAUUUCAAAUAGCCAACUAAAUUAGGCUACAACGUUGUGAAAUUAAAUUGGCCUAAAUAGGCUAUCAAGUAAGGACUUGAUGUGAAUGGUUCUCACAUCAAUCCUGCACAAAUAGCAUGGGCAUGUGCAGGCUGGGCCAUCAUUUAUUGACUGACUGUCAGACACACCCCAGCGCACAUCCUAACUUGCCACCCUUAUUCAUAACCAAUAUACAAUAUCCAACCUGCCCACGCGGGCCAACUUGUCUAAUUUGACCAUGCGUUUAGCAAAGAGAAUCGUGGAAUUACAACAAGUGUAGCGAUAGGCCAUUCAAGACACAGAAAAGCUGAGGUGUGCUAUAUCAGCUCUAACCGGAGACUGCGUAAUACUGUGGAAUUUGGUCAGAGGUUUAUCUGGAGCGGUAGUAAUAAGCGGCGUGAAUAGCCCACUACGAGGUCAGAGGAAGCAGCGCUUUAAUGACCGCAGUAAAUUUUUCACCCGACUUCUGAUGAGACACAUAAAGAGCAGCAACACCACAACACACAUCAAUAGGAGCGACGACUCACACGGCUACAGGCUCCCCAAGCAGCGAAUACCGGAUUACAUUGGUGAGGCAAAAACAUGGAGGCUGAAGAUGCUAAUGUCUCGUACAGCAGGUGGAAUGAUGAUGUUAACCUCAACUCUGCUCAGUCCCAGUCCAGCUUAAUCAGGUUCUAUAACCGCCUGUGCACAGGGAACCUGGGCAUCUACAUCAGAAUCGCCGGAGCUCUGGCGGCGCUGGUGUCGGUCUACAUCUUGGGAUAUGUGACUGGGUACUACGUCCAUGGACGCUGACGCCCCCUGCUGUUCAUGUGUGGUCAACGAGGAGUGGCUAGUCAGUGCACCGGAAGAUCCUGCACGUUUGAAAUACAUCCAGGACUUCAGCAGGUGCUGAGGAACCGGAACCAGGAUACUGUUCUGUCCUAAAACACACCAUUAUUUAACAGCAAAAAAAACAUUCAUAGUUUUAUAAUGACUUAACCUUGAAUGUGACUUACAGUUUUUCUCAGUCACUUUGGUGCUUUUCUCAGAUCAGAAUGAAAAUUCUCAUUACUAUUAGUUCAACCUCCACAACAUUUAGUCAU